AUGUACACUUCGUUUCUUGCCAUCUUCAUAAGUCUCGUUUUCGGGAUAAAUGCUACUAUUCAUGAGCUCAUUGUCGGUACAUUCAGUACCAAGUUUCUGUACACGGUCGAGUUUGACGAUGAAGCGUUGACUUUAAGCCUGUCGGCUAACAUAUCCGUGCCAUACGCAGGCAACUGGAUUGCUUUCAAUCACGACAAAAGGAAUCUCUAUACCACAGCCUACGGCCAAUCCAAUGAGCCGCAAAAUCCGAAGUUCGUUAGCUACUCAGUCACCAACGCCACAGCCAUCGAGCACCAGACCACCAUACCCGCCGGAGGCAACUGCACUGCAACCUCGAUCUUCGUGGUGGCGGACACGCACCACCCUUACAACGUCUACGGCACCUUCUUCUCGUCCGUGAAGGGUAUAGACGCUGGCUGCGGGUCUGUGUUCUCUGUCGACGAGGGCGGCGCCCUGGACGCAGUCAUUCAGAAUUAUACAUACUUCGUCAACAAGUCUGGAGUCCACGGGGCUGCCCUGAGCCCAGAUUCGCGGUUUUUGUAUUCCGCGGACGACACAGGCAAUACGCUCUGGACGCACGCGGUCGACACCGCCACUGGCGAGGUUACAGUGCUGGGGAACCUGACGGGACCUACACCUGGUUCUGAUCCCCGCCACGUUGUUGUGCACCCCAAGGGACACUUCCUGUACGUCAUCCUCGAGGGUGCCAGCCAGCUGGCGCAAUACACAAUCGACCGAGAGACCGGCCUGCCGGCCUACGAAGAUGCCUACUCGCUCUUGCUCUCCGCACAGCAGGACCCGGUGCACUAUUGGGCGGACGAGGUCGCACUGUCGGCCAGUAAUAAGUACCUCUGGGCCAGCAACCGCGGCAGGAGCACGAAUACCACUGGAUACGUCUCGGUAUUCUCGCUGGAUGAGCGGGGCGCGAUUGUAAAGCAGAACUUUCUUGAGGCUACGUCAUCAAGCGGGGGAUUCUCGAAUAUUUUGUCCCCGAGCCCGUAUACCGAUGAGUUUGCGGUGCUGACGGACAACUCGACGGGGUUUGUGGAGGUUUGGAAGCUCGAUGAGAACGCUGGCUCGGCGGCAGUGGUUGCGCAUCUUGACAUUGAUGAUGGUGGUGGAUGCUGCUCUAAUGCUUUGUGGUACUCGUGA